UCAGGUGAAACCGGUUUCGCUCUCUUCUGAGCGCAGGCGCGUAGGCAAAGCGGAACGUGGAAGUGAAAACAUAAACAAAACAGAGCAAAAUAUUUGCACAGCAAAAACAAGAACAAUAACACAGAAACAGUAACCCAAUUGAAGCCGAGAGGAGACACAUUGUAAGAGAUGAGCGCACGUUCGCCACACAACGAUCCAGCAUUGGCUGGACUGCCACAGUUAAUUGAGGAUUUGCAGCGCCUGAGCGAGGAUCAGGACAGCGCGGAUGUGGUCUUCAUUUGCGGCCGAGAUGAUGAGAAGAUUUACGCACACAGAAGCAUCCUCAUGGCACGCUGCAAGAGCUUUAAGACAGCAAAGCGUGGUGAGGUCUGUCGCAUUCCCAUACCAGGCUGCACAGUUUCGCCCGCUGCUCCGGGCACUGGGACGCCGACUGCAAUACGUUUGCCGCAUAUUAAUGCCGAAUUGUUCCGACAGUUUAUAUUGUAUGUUUACACUGCAAAGCUAAUGCUGCAGGAUUAUCGUGUCUUUGAAAUGUUAACACUGGCCCAGGAUAUGGGCGUAUUUGAAUUGCGUGCUGCUUGCGAGGAUCACGUUAUUUCCACAUUAUCUGUAGAUAAUGCGUGCACUUUUUUAACUGCCGUUAUGGAUAUUCACGAGAAAGCAGGUGCCAAAUGCGCGGCUUCGUUUAUGGAACGCUGCAUCAUUUACAUAGGAGAGAAUGCCAGCGAAUGUGUUAAAACUAAUUCCUUCCUUACACUCACCAAGGAGGCGCUUAUCAAAAUCAUAUCAUCCGACUAUUUCUGCUUGGAGGAGGCGGAAGUAUGGAGAUGUGUUUUAGCCUGGGCCAAGUAUCAGGCCGGCGUCACCCAGCCCACAGCCCAUUGGACCGAAGAGGAGCGCGCUCGAGUGUGCCAGCACUUAAGUGGCGUCAUGGGGCAUGUGCGUCUGCUGCUCAUUGACAGUCAGGUGUUUGCCGAAGAAGUUGAGCCCACUGGUGCGGUGCCCAUGCAAUUAUCAUUGGAGCGCUAUCGUUAUGCUGCCCUUCAUCCCAAUACGCACUGCAUCGACAAUGACAAGCGCUUGCAGCCACGGCUUGCUGUAAAUAUGUUUCCAGGUUCCCAAAUCUUGCGCAACGAUAAGCUAGCACUGCAGGGUGUGCUCAAUGGCUGGUUUGGAGUUCCUAAGCAAACUUGGCGCUUGGUGUUUCGCGCCUCCACUCAUGGCUUCAGCUCCAGCGCAUUUCAUCGCUAUUGCGAUGGCGUUGCAAACUGCAUUGUGAUUGGACUGGGUGCGCAUGGUGAGAUUAGUGGUGGCUAUACGGACGUGGCCUGGGCUAAGACAACCCGCAAGGGUGGCUACAUCCACUCGGAGCGCGCUUUUCUGUUUAUGCUCAAUCCGCCAAAUGGUGAGCAGCCGGUCAAAUUUGAUAUCGUCAAGAAACCAUAUGCCAUCUGCUAUCAUCCAGAUUGCGGUCCCACAUUUGGCGCUGGUGCCGAUCUACUCAUAUCGAGCAACUGCAAUGUGAACAGCGAUUCUUACUCCAAUCUGCCGCACUCCUACGAUGGACCCAGCGCCGCCCAUGUGACACUUUUUGGUGACUACAACUUUACGAUCAGCGAUUAUGAGGUGUACACGCUGGCCUCCACCCACGGCCACAAUCAGAGUCACAGCCAGAGCCAAAGCCAAAGCCCAAGCUUGGCGAGCAAUGGCCAAGCGCCGGGUGUGCCCAGCAAAGCGAAAUAUGAUCGCUACUAAGUUAAGCAAUUAGACACAAGACAUAUUUUGUAGCUGUCCAGCGAGCAGCACUCGCAGUUGGCAAUAAAGAUUCUGAUACAGUUCGUAA